UGACGCGUCACUGACAGCUGCGCAGCGCAGCCGCCAUUUUCUUCCCUCCGCGGAACCGAGUAGAAGCGUCGAACCGAGCUCUCGAACCCGCCGCACUCUCACCGGGCGUUAGAUAGCGAUGCCGGCCCAUCCGCUGCGUGUCGCGGUCGUGUGCUCCAGCAACCAGAACCGCAGCAUGGAAGCGCACAACAUCCUGAGCAAGCGAGGGUUUGAUGUGCGUUCCUUCGGCACAGGGACCCACGUCAAGCUCCCUGGACCCGCUCCGGACAAACCCAACAUUUAUGACUUCAAGACCACGUACGAGCAGAUGUACAACGACCUGGUCCGUAAAGACAAGGAGCUAUACACUCAGAACGGGAUCCUGCACAUGUUGGACCGCAACAAGCGCAUCAAGACACAGCCCGAGCGCUUCCAGAGCUGCAAAGAGCAGUUUGACCUGGUCAUCACGUGUGAGGAGCGUGUGUACGACCAGGUGCUGGAGGACCUGAACUCACGCGAGCAGGAGACGUUUCAGCCCGUGCACGUCAUCAACGUGGACAUCCAGGACAACCACGAGGAGGCCACGCUGGGAGCCUUCCUCAUCUGUGAGCUGUGCCAGUGUAUCCAGCACACUGACGACAUGGAGAACGAGAUGGAUGAACUUCUGCAGGAGUUUGAGGAGAAGAGCCACCGGCCGUUCCUCCACACCGUCUGCUUCUACUGACCGUCGCCAUGGCAGCAGCGCAGCGGCAGAAACUCUGACGCGACACGCACAUCCAGCUCGUCGGGACUGUAACCCUGUCGCUGGCAGUCGCGCGUUCCUCUGUCUCGCUCUCAUUCUGUCUACAGCUUACACACUCCUCAGAGCCGUCACCGCGGCUCCACGCUAACUCUGACUCCCCGCGGCGUCCCGAGGUGUGGACUUCGAACGCUGAAUCCUGCUGUAAACGGAACUGAAGAACAUUCAGAGAGACCGAAACGGUUCUAGAGUAAAACUAGCGCUGUCGUGAGAACCUGGUUUGAGCGAUUAGCACCUGCGACAGACCCGUUAGCGAUGAAGCCCUACAGGUAUUAGUCAGGGUUUCCUGCGUCUAACGGGUCUGUUACAGCCGGACACUGACUUCAUCUGAUCACACGGUUAAAUAUGUUUUAUUUAGAUGAUGAUAUGUUUCAUAACUCUGGCAGACGGGAUCUCAUGAAUUUAUUUCGUCUUUAUUUAAACAUGGGAUUUGAUAGCUAUCGAGCAUAUUUUGUGUUUUGUUUUUCUUUAGUUUUGUGAAUGAAAAGAAGAUUCUGUAAUUGUACAUGAAGCAGCCCAGAGUGCCUGAAAAUAUUCUUGUAAAUAUUGCGCUAUGAAUGAAUGAAUAAAGCGGCAAUGAAUCUCA